GGUCACACUGAUCCGCACUUACAAACGAACGGCUGCGAACGAGAGAGAAAGAGCGCGCAUUAGCACUGAUCCUUUUGUUUCAAAAGAAAUCUUAUCCAUAAAAUCCUUGUGCAAUAAUAUCCUGGUGCAAUACAUACUUAAUUUGCUUUUGAAAAAAUAAGGACACUGCCAGUGCUGUCCCCGCGCAAUUGCCUGUUGCUCCACCAGCACAAACGACAACGAAAACAAAGCCUGAGAGGAGACAAAGACGCAAACCGAGUGCCAAAGCCAGUCACGGAAAAACCUUGAAGUGACUCAUUGCCAAUAUCACUGCCAAUUGGAGAUUGAACACUGCCGCUGUCCUUCGACUUACAAAUAAGUGCAACUAAGCCAUAAAACACGAAAAAAACAGCUCCGGAAUGCAGCCACCCGAACGCGAGAUUGGAAUGCUGAAGAAGCACCGCGACCACAUCCGCAGCAACCUCGAUCCGCUGGUAAAGUUAACCGACUACAGCCGCAUAGCACCCGAGUGCGUUCGCCAGGGCAUCCUCUCUACGCAGAUGCUGCGCAAUGCAGAGGAUCUCAAUGGCGAGCGCUUUAAUAUGGACGAGGAGGAUGUCCGGUUGGAGCAGCACCGUAAGCUCUUUCUCAAGAUCAUUCAACGCGGUCCCACCGCAUACAACCAGCUGAUAAUUGCCCUGCGAAACGUAAACUCUGUGGAAGCCGCUGAGCUACUGGCGUCCGUCGAUGACUCUGCUGCCAGAGUGCCCUUCAUAUCGAUCACCGAGCGCAAGACCAACAGCAGGUCGGCGGACAUUGUGGACACCAAAACGCCGGAGGCGGAAGGAGCCUGUGUCAGCAAGAAGCCCCUCGGCGAUCCGCUGGGACCACUGAUGCCGCACACGGAGGAAGUGCAGGGAACACGAGAGGUACAAAUGUCCACAAUGAUCCAUGUAGACAAACUGCUUGGCACAUAUCCCAUGGAGUCGCGUCACAACCGCGGAGUGUUGUUCAUGGUCAACAUUAUUGACUUCCCGAAUCCGGAGCGAAGACGGAACGGCGCCCAUGUGGACAGCAACUCACUGAUACACCUCUUCCGCCUAAUGGGCUUUAUUAUCUUCGCGUACGACAACAUGAACCAGCAGCAGUUCUUCAAUGUGCUCCGUCAGGUAACGUCCUCGACGUACGCCAAGAACACAGAGUGUUUCGUGAUGGUGCUGAUGACGCACGGCAAUCGCGUUAAAGAGAUCGAUAAGGUGGAGUUUCGCGAUGGAUCCGUGGCGGAUACGCACAUCAUCAAGAGCCACUUCCAGGCCAAUGUCAGUCCGUAUUUGGUGGACAAGCCAAAGGUGCUUAUUUUUCCGUCGUGUCGCGGCGAGCAGGAGGAUAAGGGACAGCCGAAUAAUCAGUUUGAUUCCAUGGUGCCAUCAUCAGUUGUGGUGCAGCCGCAGGAGCGUGAAGUUGAAACGGAGGGUGUAUCCCGUGCGAAAGUGCCAACCCUCUCGGACACGCUGGUGUGCCAUGCAAAUACGCCCGGGUAUGUGACCCACAGGGAUCCCGAGACUGGCAGCUGGUACAUCCAGACGUUGUGCGACAUGCUGGCCAAGCACGCCCACGACACGCACUUCGAGGACAUCCUGAAGAAGACAAACGCCUCGGUGGGCACCAUGCGCACCCUCAAGGGAUCCAUGCAGACGGGUGCCUUCGAAAAUCUUGGCUUCAACAAAAAACUCUACUUCAAUCCUGGCUUCUACAAAGAGUAGCCGCGGUAGCCACUGCCCAUAUUGAAAGCAUUCCCCGGCCGACUGACUAUUUGCAUUUCACAACCGUAUUAUGUUCGUUACGUAUCGUCGUCGCAUUUAUGUAUGUCCUUUAGAAUAUGUGUUUUGUGCCGCGUGCUAUAUAUGUUUGUAUUUUAUACUCUGAGACAAUACUCUUCCCAAUUUUCCUGGGGUAGGAAAAUUAUGUUCAUUUAAGUAAUAAUUGUCACAAGCAACCAUUUCCAUUAUACAGAGAUGGAAUAUUUAAAAAUAUUAAGUAAAAUGUAUUAAAAUUUUGUCUAAUUUUAGAAACGACGAAGAAU